AUGGGGAGUGGAAUGAGCAAGGUGGUCACAGGGCUCUACCUGGGGAACAUCCGUGACUCAGAGGACAGGGACAGCCUGCGGAGGCAUGGCGUGACACACAUCCUUUCCGUGCACAACGGGGCCAAGCCGGUGCUGGAGGACAUGACUUAUCUCUGUAUCUCAGCCUCUGAUUCUUCUAGCCAAAACCUGAUGCAGCACUUUAAGGAGAGCAUCAAGUUCAUCCACGAGUGCCGGCUCCGUGGGGGAGGCUGCCUUGUCCAUUGCCUGGCCGGGGUGUCCCGCAGCACCACCAUCCUGGUGGCAUACCUGAUGACAGUGACAGAGCUGGGCUGGGAGCGCUGCCUGGCCGCCACCAAGGCUGUGCGCUCCUAUGCCAGCCCCAACUUCGGCUUCCAGCAGCAGCUGCAGGAGUACGAGCAGACCUUGCUGAAGGAGUACCGUGCCUGGAUCCGUCGUGAUUAUGGCAGGAACCCUUUCCAGGAUCAGGAGGAGCUGCAGCGCUUGUUGGCCCAGCAGGAGCAAAGUGGGAGCAGGGAGGGCUCCUGCACCGCUCCCCCAGCACCCACCCACCCACUGCCCAGCAGCAGGAGCCCGUGGAUGGACAGAUAG